AUGUAUGACAGCCUUCUGCCAGCCGGCUACACUUGGACUGGGCUGGCCAUGGGGCUGCAAGCUACAGGCACCGCCCUGUUGAUGGACCCAGCGCUGGCCCCAGUCCUCUACUACGUCCAUAGCCUCCACCCCCACCUGUAUAGCCAGGGAGACACUCCUGUGAACCUGUACGAGCACUGCCGAAAACUGGUCAGCCACGACGGCUACCUGUUCGAUUUAGAGCUGGGCAUCGACCCGACAAACUACCUACGGGGCCACGCCCGCGCACGGCUGGAUGAUCUUAAAAACCCUGACAAUGAGCCGCUCAGCACAGCUUGGACCAACAGCGCGCUGACCUUGAUGCUCCUGCUCAUGCGGGUGCCCAUGAUGGCGCCCUGA